AUGUCUUUCCCCUACAGCAUAGACUUUGUGGAGCCUGAACAGAACGAACAGUUGCUGAAAGAUUUCCAUGGCGAACGUACCGGAUUUGUUCAAGUUGGAGAAAAGCGAUGGUUUUUCCCAUCUCGCUUCAAACAGUAUGCGGAAAGUUUGUACUCGUUCGAGGCACGUCCAGACGAUACGUGGAUCGUCACCUUUCCACGGUCGGGCACAACCUGGACGCAGGAGAUGGUUUGGUUGAUAUGCAACGAACUUGACUUUGACACCGCCAAAAGCAUUCCGUUGACGCAGAGAUUUCCCUUUCUAGAAUUUCACCUGUUUGUGCACAACGAAGUGAAGGCAGAAUUUCUGAAGGAAAACGAGCACGACGCUGAAAAUAUGAAGUUCAUCGAACAGCUUUCUCAACCGGCUGGUCUCAUGCUGUCGGAAAUGCAGACGCCACGGUACAUUAAAACUCAUCUCCCCAUGUCACUGUUACCGCCGAGUGUGUUUGAGAAAAAGUCCAAGAUCAUCUAUGUCGCACGAAACCCUUCCGAUGUGGUUGUGUCCUACUACCAUCUGAAUCGUUUGUACCGGACUCAGGGAUACGUCGGGGAUUUCGAGACAUUUUACAACUAUUUUGAGAGCGGUUUGACUCCCUGGUCACCGUACUGGACCCACAUCAAGGAAGGUUGGGCUGAGAAGGACCGUGAGAACGUACUGUUCAUGUACUACGAAGACAUGAAACGUAAUCUGCCCGCCACCAUCCGGAAGACUGCCGCCUUUCUGGGCAAACGUUUCACCGACCAUCAAAUCGACACCAUGUGCACACAUCUGGACAUACGAAACUUCCGCAACAACAAAUCGGUCACGUGUGAGGAGCUGAAGGCGGUUGGCAUCCUGAACAGUGGCGAACAGGGAUUCGUUCGCAAUGGACAGGUCCGUGGCAAUGCGGAAGAGAUGACGGAGGAUAUCAAACGACGGAUUAGCGAAUGGACGGAGCGAAAUUUGAACGGAACCGAUAUAAAGUUCCCCGACUGUUAG